CACUAGGAAAACAGCUGUGAGCUAACUCGAGCUAGCAUCGUUUUGUUUCUGUCGUGUUAGUGUGUUGUCAGACGUCCCUCCUGAAGCAAACCUACCGCUGUCUUAUACCCCCCUCCUGGAGUGACCGACGACUUGUUGUCUGUCAUCUCUUUGUUACGAUGAAGUUUCAGUACAAAGAGGAGCAUCCCUUUGAGAAAAGGCGGUCCGAGGGCGAGAAAAUAAGGAAGAAGUAUCCGGACAGGGUUCCAGUAAUUGUGGAGAAAGCCCCCAAAGCCAGAAUAGGAGAUCUGGACAAGAAGAAAUACCUUGUCCCCUCUGACCUGACAGUGGGACAGUUUUACUUCCUCAUCCGGAAAAGAAUCCACUUGCGAGCCGAGGAUGCGCUCUUCUUCUUUGUAAACAACGUCAUUCCACCCACCUCAGCUACCAUGGGACUGUUGUACCAGGAGCAUCAUGAAGAGGACUUUUUCCUCUACAUUGCCUACAGUGAUGAGAGUGUGUAUGGGAACAGCCAAAGGGAAAUCUGAUCCCAGAACCACCCCCUCUCUCCCUCCCUCCUUCCCUCCCUCUCCCCCCCCCCUCCCUCCCCAACCACUACCCACCUUUCUGAGACCUCAACCAUUCAUUUAAAUAUUAAAAUCCAGCUCAGCAGCCUAGAGUUCCCAGAGUAAACAUGUCCAUUUACGUCUUUAUUAUUCUUCAGUCUGAAUUGUAUUUGCCUCCACUUUUCUUUUCAAUAGCGACUUUGGUUAAGUGGUCUCAUGGCCAGUUAUUUUUCUAGUUUCAUCAUUGAUCAUACUUUACUGAAAAAGAAUGAUUAAACAAUGUUAGAACUAGGCCGUGAUUAUAGUUACUCCAGGGUUAAGGGGAAAAGAAGCAUUGUAUGUGAAUUCAAACCGGCUUUCGUUGAUAAUGAAGAUAAAAGAAGAAAAAAGUUAAAAUAUUGGUUGUUCAGUUUUGAAGGCUUGCAAGAAGAUACAAGUGUGUUUUUGAGUUCUAGUGUAGGACAUUUAUGACAUCCACCAGUUGAAGGCGGGUUACUUUGUCUCUAGCAGAGUAAAGGAUAACUGUUUUGCAGCAGUUUUUUUCCCUAAAAAAAAUUAAAGUCAUCAGCCAUUAAAGUUAGUGACUGAGAAUUAAGCGUGCUGCCCCAUAUCUGACCUUUUUACAAAGGAGUAUCAUAGAAUUCAGACUAAAUCAAUCAUCCUCUGCUUUCAGUGGUAAGACUUAUUAUGUUGACUGCUACUAUGAUUAUUGUUGUUAUUAUUGUUAAUUUUAGAUGGCUUAAUUUCUAAAGGUAUUGUAAAGCUGAGUGCAAUUUUCUCUUUUUUUAAGUUUUGUCUCCUUUUUUUUUAAAGAAAAAAAAGAUUUGAACUCUGUAUACAGCUGCAUUACUGGCUCUUUCUCUCUACUCAUGACCAUACAUGAUAAAAUGUGAUGAAAAGCUA